GGGCGUUCGAGCCUAGUAAUUGAUUUGGUAUCUUCUUCAGGCAUCUCAUCUUCAUCAUAAAGAUUAUUCUGAAGAACUACUACCUCCAGUACUUCUGAGUGUCCUCUGAAUGAUUUACAUUUACUAGUUUAUCUGGACGAUCAAACACAAUGAAGUUGUUUUACUGGACAUGUAAGAACCCUUGCUUAUGCGUACAAGGAAGCCGCAUCAAACACACGACAAGCUGAAGUUGUAGAAGCGCCAGUUACAGUUCGUUAGGUCACACGCUGGGCGCCUCGAUGGUCUUUGGUAUCUCCAUGGACGAUAAGACAUCAAAGAGGCUAAAAACGUCUAUGGAACACAUACGAAGUUAUAGCAACAACAUCGUCACUGGCGCAAGUGUUGUUAGGACUCUCCUGCAUUUGCCUCGCGCGUCGCUGUGCUUCAGCUUCCGCCUCCUGGCCGUCUGUAGGUCUGUGGCUAACCGUCUGCCCUUCUCCUAAUAGUGCGAGCCUUGUUCUGGCGCAACAGCUACAAGCUACACCGUAACAGUUUACAUCAACAUCAUGCUGGAAGAGCUGCAGGACCACGCGGCGAGUCCGAGUGAUCCCAUUGGGACACAAGUCGAGAUGAGUGCUGGUGCUAGUACUAGUGUUGCACAAGAGAAAGAGGAGGAGCAUGACGAGGCAUUCUUGCGUCUUGAGGCGCUUGUCGCAAGAAGCUAUGCCGGCUAUCUUUCAGGAGCAGGACGUCACGACUUUUAAGCAAGGGGGGCAUCACUUGUAAAGCUAUUUCUGCAUCCACAUGACCUUUUUUUAACCAGAUUAGAUCCAAAAGUAGAAUAUGAUGGAGGUGUCGGCAAGUAGAGCUGUUCUUGAUGUCGCUCUACUUGUCGACACCUCGUCUACUAUGACCUUUUUUUAACCAUAUUUGAUUUUCUACUACUUGUCGCGGGCGUGGUCAACAUCUAAAAUAGUGCUAAGAAAAGAUGUCGAUGUAAGUAGAAGAUGUAGCCAUUGUUCCAAAAGUCGAAUAUGAUGGACUGGCUGUUCUUGAUGUGGCUCUAUUUGUCGACACCUCGUCUACUAAUCAGAGUCGGAAAGACCGGUUGCAGCACCUGAUGGUCUCACCGCGGCAGCACCUGGUUGCCUCACCGCUGCACCUGGUGGCCUCACUGCGGUAGCACCUGGUGUCCCUCCACUUAUGUUGGUCAGCCUUAGCAUCUCCAACUCGAUGCCCUUUGUUUCCUCCUCGUGAAGUAAUAUCACAGCACAUAAUUUUCACAAAGACAGCACGACAGGGAGUUGUAUUUCGCAAACAUCUUCACACAUAAAGUACUUACAGUUAAUACAAGGGAAAACCAAAGGGGCCGAAAUGAGGGGACCAAGAUGAGUAAACGCAAACGCUUCGGGGUCUAAAUAUAGUCUAGGUUGACGAUUUCUAC